AUAAUGGGCUAUAAAUAGAAUUGCCCAAUAUUUGAUACUCAAAAACUAACUUCCAUUGAUAAUUUCUGCUAAUUCCAAUGGCCUCCAUACAUAAGCAGCAUUAUUUUCUCCUUUUCCUCUUCAUGUUCCAAGCAAUUGCUGUUUCCGCCACUCAAUUUACGCUUCAAAACAAUUGCGGUUACACAGUUUGGCCCGGUACUCUUUCCGGCAACGGAGUUGCUAUCUCCGGUGAUUCUGGAUUUGCGUUAACUCCCGGAGCUACCAUCCAGCUCUCCGCCCCUGGUGGAUGGUCCGGCCGGUUUUGGGGCAGAACCGGUUGUAACUUCGACGAUUCCGGAACCGGUAAAUGUAUAACCGGCGAUUGUGGUGCAUUGAAAUGCCCUAGCGGAGCCGGCGGCGUACCUCCGGUGAGUCUAGUUGAAUUCACGAUUGGUAAGAGCAAAGAUGAGAAGGAUUUUUACGAUGUUAGUCUUGUUGAUGGCUACAAUGUCGGUAUCGGAGUACGGUCUACCGGCGGAUCCGGCGAUUGCCAAUACGCCGGCUGCAUCGCCGAUCUAAAUUUGAACUGUCCAAAGGAAUUGCAAGUGAUAGAUUCCGGCGCAGUUGUGGCGUGUAAGAGCGCGUGUGCACAAUUCAAUACGCCGGAGUAUUGCUGCACCGGUGAACAUGCGACGCCGGCAACUUGCUCGCCGACGCUGUACUCGAAGAUGUUUAAAGAUGCGUGCCCUACUGCAUAUAGCUAUGCAUAUGAUGAUGCUUCAAGUACCUGUACUUGUUCUGGUGCUGAUUAUAUCAUCACAUUUUGUCCAACAACUUUAUAAUUUUUUAAAAAAAAAUUAAUGAUUAUUGUUACAACAUAGGGGAAUACUAUUUUUUGUAAUCUCCAAUUGAUUUUAUGCAUUUUAAUAAGAAAAAAUAUUCUUAUCAUGA